AUGGAAAAGGAUGUAUUUAUCAAAUUGUGUUUUGAACUGCAACAAUAUUAUGGGUUAGAAGGUAGUAGGAGAACGACUGCUGAGGAGAUCGUUGCAAUGUUCUUGCACACACUAGGACAUGGAAAUGUAAACAGGUUAACACAAGAACGAUUCCAGCACCCGGGUGAAACUGUAAGUAGAUAUUUCAGCAUGAUGCUCGAUGUUGUGUGUCGUUUAGCAGUUGAUAUAAUAAAGCCUUCGAAUCCUACAUUCAGAGACACCCACAAGGAAAUAGCAAGAGAUACAAGAUAUAUGCCUCAUUUUAAGGACCAGGACUGCAUUGGCGCAAUAGAUGGUGUACAUGUCCCAUCUACAAUAUCCCAAGACAAUCAAGAACUGUAUAUUGGGCGCAAAGGGACUCCCUCUCAAAAUGUAACGAUGGUUUGUAACUUUGACAUGCAAUUUAUAUUUGUAUGUGCAGGUUGGGAAGGCAGUGCCCAUGAUCCAAGGAUACUUGCAUCAGUUCUUGCUAAUCCAAAUAUGGAAUUUCCAAAUCCUCCAAAAGGAAAAUACUAUGUAGUGGAUGCUGGGUAUGCACAAAUGGAUGGUUAUUUGGGACCAUACAAGGGUGAAAGGUAUCACAUUUUAGAUUUGCGUCGAGGUAACAAGCCAACUGGUCAAAAGGAGGUAUUCAACCAUAUGCACUCUUCCCUUAGGUCUGUGAUUGAGCACUCUUUUGGAGUAUGGAAGAAAAAAUGGAAGAUUCUAAGAGAUAUGCCAAGUUACCCGUAUACAAGACAAGUUCAGAUAGUCGUUCCGAUGAUGGCCAUUCGUAACUAUAUUAGGAGAUAUGCUACUAGGGAUAGACAUUUUGAAGAUGCUGAUAAUGGUGUUUAUGAUGCAACCAAUGAACCAGACAAUGAAGAAGAAGAACAUAACUAUACCAACCGAUGGGGAUCAAAAGAAAUGAAAAAAUUGAAAGAUGAAAUUGCUAAAAGUUUGAUGGGAGAUUAA